CGAGUUUGGGCCAUGCGCAGUGACAGUGAUAACAACGAGCCAGAGAGGCUGCAUGACCGCGGAGGGAGCGCCGGAGCCGACCAGAAUUUCUAAAGAAGUUCUGACAGUCAGCAGAGCCUCGGGAUUUGUAUAUCAUUGGCAUUUCACUGUGGAAGGAAAAAGGAUUUUGAACAUUGAAGGAAAAAGCAUCAUUCACACCAGGGAUCCUUCAUCAUCUGUGAAAAUCUGUGAAGAUUCAUCUGAAAUGUCCAAACACCAGUAUGAUCAUACUGGAGUGGGAGGAUGGAAAUGUGGGGAUUGCGGGAAGGGAUUUCUUUACCCAUCCCAGCUGGAAAAUCACCAACGCAGUCACACUGGGGAGAAGUCAUUCACUUGCUCUGAUUGUGGGAUGGGAUUCACUCAGUCAUCCAACCUGCGGAUCCACCAGCAGGUUCACACUGGGGAGAGACCAUUAACCUGUUCUGAAUGUGGGAAAGGAUUCACUCAUUCAUCUAAACUGCUGGAACACCAGCGUGUUCACACUGGAGAGAGACCAUUUAUCUGCUCUGUUUGUGGGAAAGCAUUUGCUCAGUCAUGCAACCUGCUAAUACACCAGCGAAUUCACAAGAGAGAGAGACCAUUCACCUGUUCUGAAUGUGGGAAAGGAUUCACUCACUCAUCUAAACUACUUGAACACCAACGGGUUCACAGUGGAGAGAGACCAUUCACCUGCUCUGAUUGUGGAAAAGGAUUCACUCACUCAUCUAAACUGCUGGAACACCAGGGAGUUCACACUGAGGAGAGACCUUACACCUGUUCUGCCUGUGGUAAAGGAUUCACUCGGUCAUCCAGCCUGCAGAUACACCAGCGAGUUCACACUGGGGAAAGACCAUUCCUCUGCUCCCUGUGUGGGAAGGGAUUCACUCAGUCAUCCAAACUGCUGGAACACCAGCGGAUUCACACAGGAGAGAGACCAUUCACCUGCUCCAAUUGUGGGAAGGCAUUCGCUCAGUCAUCCAACCUGCUGCUACAUCAGCGAGUUCACACUGGGGAGAAGCCAUUCACCUGCUGCCAGUGUGGGAAGGGAUUCACCCAGUCAUCCAGCCUGCGGAUACACCAGCGAGUUCAUACCGGGGAGAAACCUUUCACUUGCUCCGACUGUGGGAAGGGAUUCACUUCUUCAUCCAGCCUGCUGAAACAUCAGGGAGUUCACACCGGGGAGAGACCGUUCACCUGUUCUGAAUGUGGAAAAGCGUUUGUUCACUCAUCUAAGUUACUCGAACACCAGGGAAUUCAUACUGGGGAGAGACCAUUCACUUGUUCUGAAUGUGGGAAAGGAUUCACUCACUCAUCUAAACUGCUGGAGCACCAGCGAGUUCACACUGGGGAGAGACCAUUCACUUGUUCUGAAUGUGGAAAAGGAUUCAUUCGCUCAUCUAAUCUCCUAGAACACCAGCGAGUUCACACUGGGGAGAGACCAUUCAUUUGUUCUGAAUGUGGAAAAGGAUUCAUUCGCUCAUCUAAACUCCUGGAGCAUCAGCAAGUUCAUACCAGAGAGAAAUCAUUCACCUGUUCAGCUUGUGGGAAGGGAUUUACCCAAUCAUCAAACCUGCUGAGACACCAGCGGGUUCACACUGGAGAGAAACCAUUCACCUGCUCUGAUUGUGGGAAAGCAUUCACUCAGUCAACAAUCCUGCUAGUGCACCAGCGGAUUCACAGGAGAGAGAGACCAUUCACCUGCUCCAAUUGUGGGAAGGGAUUUACUCAGUCAUCCAACCUGCUGAGGCACCAGCGAGUUCACGCUGGGGAGAAGCAAUGGAAAUGUGGGGAUUGUGGGAAGGGAUUUCUUUACCCAUCCCAACUGGAACUGCAUCAACGCAGUCACACUGGGGAGAAGCCAUUCACCUGCUCUGAUUGUGGGAAGGGAUUCACUCUGUCAUCCAACCUGCAGAUACACCAGCGAGUUCACACUGGAGAGAGACCAUUCACCUGCACAGUGUGUGGGAAAGCAUUCAGUCAGUCAUCCAGCCUGCGGGUACACCAGCGGGUUCACACUGGAGAGAAGCCGUUCACCUGCUCUGAUUGUGGGAUGGGAUUCACUCUGUCUUCCAAUCUGCGGAUACACCAGAGAGUUCACACUGGAGAGAGACCAUUCACCUGCUCUGUCUGUGGGAAAGCAUUUGCUCGGUCACCCGACCUGCAGAUACACCAACGAGCUCACACUGGGGAGAAACCAUUUACUUGCUCUGAUUGUGGGAAGAGAUUCAUUUCGUCAUCCGUCCUGCUAAAACACCAGCGGGUUCAUGCAGGGGAGAGGCCAUUCACCUGUUCUGAAUGUGGAAAGGCCUUCAAUUGCUCAUCUAAACUGCUGAUACACCAGAGAAUUCACACUGGGGAGAGACCAUUUACCUGUUCUGAAUGUGAAAAAGCAUUCAAUUGCUCAUCUAAUCUGCUGAUUCACCAGCGGGUUCACACUGGGGAGAGACCAUUCACCUGUUCUGAAUGUGGAAAAGCAUUUAAUUGCUCAUCUAAACUGCUGAUACACCAGCGGGUUCACACUGGAGAGAAACCAUUCACCUGCCCCGAAUGUGGGAAGGCAUUUGCUCAAUCAACCACCCUGCUAAUACACCAGCGCACUCACAGAAGAGAAAGACCAUUCACCUGUUCCCAUUGUGGGAACGGAUUUACUCAAUCAUCCAACCUGCUGAGACACCAGCGGGUUCACACUGGGGAGAAACAUUUGCUCGGUCAACUCACCUGCUGAUGCACCAGCCUAUUCACUCGAUGGAGAGAACAUGGAAAGGGAUUUCAAAUUGUUAUCAUCCCAGUGAAAUGACACUAGGUGGAUCCCAUUCACCUGCUGUGUUUGUGUAAAUGGCUUUGCUGUUUGUUAACACCAGCAAAUUCACAAAGAAGCAGAGGGGAAGGACUUUACUUUUACCCACACCAAAGACCGAACCUUAGUCAUUAGGCAAUUUGUAUUGGUGUUAUUGAACUCUGCUCUAUUAAAGGGGCUGAUAUUGAGGAUAAAACAUCACUACAAUGGUGUGUAUGUAGGGUUAGUAUUGGAAAUGAUGAAAAUGUUGUUGUGCAUCAACACAUUUAUACUGGGUAAAGACUGGCCAUCUGCAUACUAUUUGUAAAAUGAUUUUGUGAUUCAUCAGCAUUGGUUAAAAAAACAAUGACUUCUAUAGUAACUGUCAGCGUUGAUUUUGAUGUUAUUGUUAUCCAAAUCCAAACCAUGCCUUCUGGCCCUAUUUCUGAUGGUGUUUGUAAACACCACAGGUUCAGUUACCUACUUGUGAUAAAAAUAAUACAUAUCAGCUUUUUCUUAAAACUAAG